CUCGCUCUCUCUUUCUUAACUCUUUUCUUUUCUUUAAAAGUAACUUUUUUUUUUUAUAUAAUAAAAUAUCAAAUAUGUCUGGAGGAAAAUCUGGAGGAAAAUCUGCUGCUGGUGCCAAGUCCCAGACCCGUUCUGCUAAGGCUGGUCUCCAGUUCCCCGUCGGUCGUAUCCACCGUCUCUUGCGUCGUGGAAACUACGCCCAGCGUGUUGGUGCCGGUGCUCCCGUCUACCUCGCUGCUGUCCUCGAGUACCUCGCUGCCGAAAUCCUCGAGUUGGCCGGUAACGCUGCCCGCGACAACAAGAAGUCUCGUAUCAUCCCCCGUCACUUGCAGUUGGCCAUCCGUAACGAUGAGGAAUUGAACAAGUUGCUCGGUCACGUCACCAUUGCCCAGGGUGGUGUCCUCCCCAACAUCCACGCCACCUUGUUGCCCACCAAGACCAAGAAGGCCGGUGCUUCCCAGGAAGUUUAAAGAAAAAGAAAAAAAGAAAAAAAAGAAAAUAAUAAUAUGAUGAUAAUGAUGAUGAUAAUGAUGAUGAUGAUGGAUUUUCCUACAAUAUGGAAGAAGCUUCAUUUUUUGCUUUAUUUUUUAUUUUUGUUUUUUACACACGAUAUUCAUCAUUCGAUUACGAUUGGACUUUUUCAUCAAACCUCUUUAUCCCUACAAGUUCAACGAUCUUGACCACCUUUUUUUUUCCAUACAACAGAACCACUCACUCACUCACUCACUCACUCAUAUAUACAUACAUACAUACAAAAAAAAAGCAUUCAAAAAAUAACGUUGAUUUUGCCCAACCUCUUGCACAAUGUAUACACAAAGAAAUAAUAAUUACCCGAUAUAUAUUUUUUUUCACUUUUGAAAACUGUAAAUAAUAAUAAUAAUAAUAUAAUUUUUUUUAUUAAAAAAAUACUCUUUUUUUUUGGUUUCUUU